UCACUUAGGCAAGUUUAUCAAGCCACAAAGCGACCAUCGCAUUUUAUCUCCCAGUAACCUUAUUUUCCGUCUAUUUAAAUCACGUGUGCUGUAGCAUGAUUUUAGAAGUCCAUUUAAAAUGAUUAGUCUGGUUAGUUUUGUAUUGGUUUAUGAAUGCUUUGUUACCAAUUUAUGCUACACUAAAUCCUCUUAAGCAGAUAAGGUUAAUUGUUAUCGACGACGAUUUCAAAUAAUUUUACAUAUAUGCAUUGAAAAUGCGAGUUGUGUUUCUCUAUAGUCAACGAGAAUGGUUUGUAGUGUCGUCGAAUUUGAUUUUAUUUCACAUAGGUUAUUAAGUCGGAUUUGCGGGAUUUAGAUUAGAAAAAUUGUGAUUGCGAGUGAUGUGUACAAUUCGAGUUAACUAUUCUUCCAUAGAAAAGAUGGAAGCAAUCAGUGACAAAAAAGUUUCAGUGCCAUGGAUAAAAAUAAGAUACGUACAAAUGGUCCUGCUGUUCUUCCUAUUGGGGAUGUCUUAUGCGAUAAGAACGAUUUUGUCUGUAGCCAUUGUAGCGAUGGUCACUACAGAUACGUCCAUUAACAGUGAUAUUCCCACAUUUGACUGGAAAAAUACUGGAGUAAUUUUAUCAGCAUUUUAUUGGAGCUACGCAUUGCUCCAGUUUUUUGCUGGACCAAUAGCACACACAUUUUCUCCGAAAUGGAUAUUGACCAUUGCAAUGGUAGUCAAUUCAGGCACAAGCUUACUGAUACCUAUUCUGGCCGUUCAUCUGGGAUCAGGAGGAGUGAUUGCAUGCAGAGUAAUUCAAGGUAUAGCUCAGGGAUUUAUAAUACCUUUGGUUCACACUAUGCUGGGGCGAUGGGCGCCGACGGAAGAGAGAUCUUGGAUUAACACUACGGUAUAUUCUGGCUGUAGCUUUGGAACGAUUAUUUCUAUGCCAAUCACCGGCUACAUAUCAGCUUCAUGGUUGGGUUGGCCGUUCUCUUUUUACUUAUUUGGAAUUCUCGGUAUGGUUUGGUGCGUUUUCUGGAUUAUUUUUAGUGCAGAUCGGCCAGCCACUCAUAAAAGCAUUAGCUUGGAAGAACGCAGGUACAUUGAAGAGUCUUUAGGGCAAGCCGAAGAAGAAAAUAUCCAAGUGAACGAGAAAGUGCCUUGGAGGGCCAUAUUAACUUCUCUACCAUAUUGGGCGGUUGUAGUUGGAGCUAUUGGCGAAUCUUGGGGAAGCACGUUUUUGAUUACAGAAAUCCCCACGUAUUUGAGCAAAACCACUGAUAUUAACAUUGAAAAAAAUGGACUUUACUCGUCAGCUCCUUACGUGGUAGCUGCGGUGCUUACAGUAAUCUACGGGCCAUUAGCAGAUUAUUUGAUUCACAGCAAUGUGACUUCUAGAAAAACCUCCAGACGCAUAUUUCAUGGCUUGGGAGCCUUUCUGCCCGCAUUAGCCCUAGUAUGGCUGGCAUAUGAGAAAAACCGAUGGGGAAUAGCAGCUUUACUUAUAGUGGCAAUCAGCUUGAAUGGGGCCAUGUUUUGUGGAUACAACGUGAACCAUAUUGAUAUAUCGCCUCGCUUUUCUGGAGUGCUUUUUGGUAUUUCGAACGGAAUUGGACAAACGCUGGCGAUUUUAGCACCUCUACUCGUACAGUUUAUUGUGUAUGACGAGACCGAUAAAGAUUUGUGGAGGACAAUGUUCGUUAUAGCUGCUAUUAUUUAUGCAGCAACAGCUGUGGUUUUCAUAACUUAUUUGUCCGCUGAACGACAGUGGUGGGAUGCCAUUUCCAGGCCAAGCAAGGGAGAUUUCCAGUCGGAAUUACAAUCUCAUCGUGAUCAGGAAUUAAUUAAUCAGUAAUUGUAUUUUAUGUACCUAACAUUAGCUUACAAAAUGGACUGUAAUUCAUGUUUAUCAAUAAACUAAAAUAAUUAACUUGAAAACUUA